AUGAGUUCUACGUAUACGCUUCGCCAAAGACGGCAGCAGUGCGCUCCAAACAAAGGCAAAGCCGGCACUUCCGGCGCAACGGCACCCGGAAAGAACGGUCUCUGUUGCUUCGAAGAGCUGCCCGACUGGCAGCGUGACAACGAUAAGAUUUUAGCGGGGUAUGUGCGGGAGACAAACUCAAUGAAGAAGUGCUUUGAGUCCCUGACCUACUUCCACAACGAGACUGUCAACAUCUAUACGCACUUAAUCCCAAGCGGGACUUAUUUGGUGAUGCUGAUGUUUUUCACAGAUCUGUUUCUCAUCCCGCAGUUCCCCACGACCACGAUGUCCGACUACAUAAUGAUCAACUUCUUUCUCCUGGGCGCGUUUCUGUGCCUGAUGUGCAGCACAUGUUUCCACUGUCUAAAGCAGCACUCAGAGGCCCAAUCCAACAUAUGGAGCAAGGUAGACUACAUGGGAAUCAUUGUGCUUAUCUCGUGCUCUACCGUCUCACUGCUGUACUACGGCUUCUACGACUACCUCUUUCAUUUUAAGAUGUUCACUAUUGCGGUCGUCGUUCUUGGCUCCUGCUGCGCAGCGUUUGUGCUGAAUGACAGGUUCAACGCCAAGAACUGGCGUGCCUGCCGCGCCGGGUUUUUUGUUACCUUUGGCUUCAGCGGCAUCGUGCCCAUUGUUGUCGGCCUCGUCAAGUUCGGCAUCGCCGAGUCUUCCAAGAGGGUCCAGCUUAGGUUUGUGCUUCUGGAAGCCCUGUUCUACAUCAGCGGUGCUGUCAUCUACGGAUUCAGGAUCCCGGAGACCCUGCUCCCAGGGAAGUUUGACUUUGUGGGCCACAGCCACCAAAUAUUCCACAUUCUCGUUGUGCUUGGUUCGCUUUGUCACUUUCGAGCGCUUCUCGGCUCAUAUUUCUUCAUGCACACAGGCAUAAGCAGCCCCGGUCUGCUGAACCUAAAGGCAUUGUGA